CGACUUGGAGGCGCACCGGCUCCAUAGACCAGAAACAUCGCAUUAUGGCCUCGCUCUGAGCCUCCUGAUGCGACAGUUGUGUACAUACCUAACCGGCAAUCCGUCACCAUCGACGCCUUGAUCAUGGACCUCCGGUCCAGAGGCUUUUUUCGGGGCCAUCGGAAUUGUCAAUAGUACUCCCGAAGUACUAUAUUAUUAGAUUUUGAGCACUGUCACUUUUGCUCGCCCGGGGAUUUAAACCGAAGUGACAGUAGUAGCACUCACCCCAUCUGCCGGUCUGCUAGCUAGCUCGCUAAGUCAAUAGCCAAGAAGGGCAUCACUUUUCUUUUGGAGUAAAGGACAAGGGAACUACAACACCACUACUUUCACUAACAGAAGACUGAUCAGAGGCUGAAUCCCUGAGUUCCCAUCUUACAACAUAUUCACUUUUGAUUCCUGAAAGGCUGGCAACACAAGGCCACCCUAAUGCAGAACCAUAAAAGAACGUGAAAUGAACAAACCACCACAGCCUAUAACGGGACCCACUUCUGUCCCAAACCCUGCCCCAUCCCCUGGAUUGACACAGGCCGCCUACGGUCCUGGACAGCCCCCUUCUCUUGUUUUUGCCACCCCACCUCCACAAAUGAACUCUGCACCAACGCCAAGACAGUUUGCUGCAGGCCCCCGUACUUUACACCAACAGGGUGGAUACAGAGCAUUACAGAGUUACUAUCAGAACCGACCAGCCAUGGCCACCAGUGCUCCAAGGGUACAGACAAGUAGUGGCCCGCGACCUGUUGGACCUGCCCACGUCUACCCACCUAGCUCCCAGAUGAUGAUGAUCUCCCAGCAGCAGCUGUCUUUUGCUAGCUCCCCUCAGGGCUACUUCAUCCCCCCUGGACAGUACCGGGCCCCAUACAUGCCUCCUACUCAGCAGUAUCCUGUGACCAGCGGUACAGCAGGCUUCUAUCCGGGAACUAGCCCUGCUGAAUACUCUGCUUAUGAGCCCUCUCUUGCUGCGAGGGAGAGGCGGGGUGGUGGGGGGAGAGGGGGCGGCCGAGAGAACGGCCGUCUCUCUCUCCACGGUGCUCCUCUCACCUCCCAGCGCUACCCUGCAGGAGCAUACUAUCCAGCUCAGCCGCAGUACUCUCCGUCUGUCCAGCCAGCGCCGGUCAUGAUCAACCCCGCCCAGCAACAGCCACAAGCCCCAGCUCCUCAGCAACCACCGGCACAGUCACAAGGGCCACCAAAGAGAGAACGCAAACCGAUAAGGAUACGAGACCCUAACCAGGGCGGGCGUGAUAUCACAGAGGAGAUCAUGUCAGGUGGAAGGUCCACCACCACGCCAACUCCCCCACAGGCCUCCUCAGCAGAUUCAAGUCCUGCACAGACCAACGGUGAAGUUACACAGCCUGCCACUACAGUGACAAGAAGAGAUGAAAACAUGGAGCCUCCCAUUUGCGCUGAAACCCCACCUCCUCCUGCGACAGUAAAUACAGAGCCUGUGGUGGAGGUCAAACAGGAAAUGGACAACCAGAUGACACCACCUGCUGAGUUACCCGCACAAUGUGUAGCCCCUACAGCCACUGCUGAGGUGCCGUCCCCAUUGAUAAAGGACCAGCAGUCUCCCUCUUCCCUACCUGCAGCAGCAGCAGCAGCAGCAGCAGCACCUACUCCUCCUCCUGCUGAGGCAGUAGAUAAAGUUGAUACUAAAGUUAGUGACACAGUAGACGCUCCUGUCGUCCCUUCACCAUCAUUAGCAGCACAAGAGGCGCCUGUGAAAAUGGAAGAACCACAGACUGCCCCAGCUCCAGCUGAGAAGGGACCAGAGGAGGAGGAAAAGAGAACAGAGGAAGUGAAGAAAUUGGAAACAGAGGAGCAGGUGGCCAGCGCUAAGUUGGAACCUGCAGUGGAGGUUGCUGCAACAGUUACCCCUGUUAUUGAGGCAAAAGAAGAAACGGCUACAAAGAAAGAAACUGAAGUUUCUCCGCCUACACCCUCUGCACAGGAACCAGCUGCUCCACAGACACAGAACACAACACCGAGCCCUGCCCCUGAACCUGAACCCACACCGGCUGAAGCGGCAGAGCCUCUUCUCUCCAAUGGCCUCCCUCAGGACACUGAGGAACUGUCUGAGGAUGUGGCAUUUUCAGACACUACACCCCUUGACAAGCCGGAUGCUUCUCAAUCUCAGGAAUCCACACCUGUGGCUAAAACGGUAAUGCCAGCCCAAGAGGAGGAGGAGCAGGUGGAGGAAGAGGAGGAGGAGGAGGAGAAGAAAGAGGAAGAGAGGAAGGAGAAAAGUGAGGAUGCCCCUCCUGCCCCUGUCAGCCCUCCUACAGAGGAAUCUACUAUGCAAGCUGCAACGUCUGUGCCAAAGAAGAAGAAGAACAUAAAGGAGCUCAAAAAGAAGGAGGCCAUUGGAGACCUUCUGGAUGCCUUCACAGAGGAGCAAGAAGCCAAGCCUGCUCCUGAACCCUCAUCCACUCAGGCUGACCCUGUCCCUGUUGCUCCACCCGAACCUCCCGCUGAGGUUGCUGAUGAGACUUGGGAGGAGAAAGAGGACAAGCAGAAUGCAGAGCCUAAAGCCACACCUGAGCCAACUGAGAAGAAAUACCAGUACAAAGAAGAACAAUGGAAGCCAAUAGACCCAGAAGAGAAGAAGCGGUACGACAGAGAGUUCCUCCUGGGCUUCCAGUUUAUCAGCGCCAGUAUGCACAAACCCGAGGGCCUGCCUACCAUCAGUGAUGUGGUCCUGGACAAGGCAAACAAGACUCCACUACGGCCCGCUGACCCAGCUCGCAUGAUGAAUGUUGGCCCUGAUUUUACUCCCUCGUAUUUGGGGAACCUUGGGAGCAGAUCGGUGGGAGGACCACGAGGCCCACCACCUGGGCCACGUCGCUCCCAGCAAGGUCAGAGGAAAGAGCCCAGGAAAAUCAUCAGCAGCAUGUCCCUCAGCGACGACGUGCAGCUCAACAAGGCUGAGAAGGCCUGGAAGCCCACAGCGAAGAAGAGCACUCGAAGCCGCGGCGCAGAGGAAGUCGACGAGGAGGAUCCCGAACAAGCCAAGACUCAGGAGUUGUUCAAGCGUCUGCGCAGUAUCCUCAACAAGCUGACCCCUCAGAAGUUUCAGGAACUGAUGAAACAAGUGACAGAGCUGACGAUAGACACAGAGGAGAGGCUGAAGGGAGCCAUUGACCUCAUCUUUGAGAAGGCCAUCUCAGAGCCCAACUUCUCUGUGGCCUACGCCAACAUGUGCCGCUGCCUUAUGGGGUUGAAAGUCCCCACCUCAGAUAAACCAGGACUUUUUGUGAACUUCCGCAAACUGCUGCUCAACCGCUGCCAGAAAGAGUUUGAGAAGGACCAGGACGAUGAUGCAAUCUUUGAGAAAAAGCAAAAAGAAAUGGAGGCUGCCAAAGAGGGAGAGGAGCGUGAGCGUUUGAGGGUGGAGCUGGAGGAAUCCAGAGACCAAGCCCGUCGCCGUUCAUUGGGUAACAUCAAGUUCAUUGGCGAGCUCUUUAAGCUGAAGAUGCUGACAGAGGCCAUCAUGCACGACUGCGUAGUGAAACUACUGAAGAAUCAUGAUGAGGAGUCUCUGGAGUGUCUCUGCAGGCUGCUCUCCACAAUAGGCAAAGACCUGGACUUUGAGAAAGCCAAGCCUCGUAUGGACCAGUAUUUCAACCAGAUGGACAAGAUCAUCAAAGAGAGAAAAACCUCAUCCAGAAUCCGCUUCAUGCUACAAGACGUCUUGGACCUUAGAAGGAGUAACUGGGUGCCUCGUAGAGGAGACCAGGGUCCUAAAACAAUUGACCAGAUCCACAAGGAGGCAGAGAUGGAGGAGCACAGGGAACAGAUCAAAGUCCAGCAGCAGCUUCUGUCCAAGAAAGAAGGAGGUGGAGGCAGGAUGGGAGGGAACAUGGGGGGCCGAGGCCCUCACACACCAGGAGGUGGUCGGACUAGCCAGCCUCAAGAUGAGGGAUGGAACACAGUUCCCAUCUCCAAGAACAGACCCAUCGACACCACCCGCCUUAGCAAGAUCACAAAGCCUGGUUCUCUGGACUUCAACAACCAGCUGUUGGCUCCAGGAGGAAAAGGCAUGUGGGGUAGUUGGGGCAAAGGCAGCAGUGGAGGAACUGGAGCAAAACCAGCAAGCGGAGAGCCAGAUUCUGGUCGUCCAGCUACCAGCACGCUCAACCGCUUCUCAGCCCUGCAGCAGUCUGGUUCGUUGUUGUCAGCACCUGACUCUGAUCGCAGAGCUCCUCAGAGGUCAAGCUCGAGCCGUGAGCGAGGUGGUGACAGAGACAGGAGUGAUCGCGACAGGGAUCGGUUCGACCGAUUCGAUCGCAGCGAGGGACGGGAAGGUCGUGACGAUAGGAGCACUCGGAACCAAGUCUCCAAGAGAAGCUUCAGCAGGGAGUCGCAGGAGCGUGGCGGGAGGACCGGAGACCUCCGGGCCGCAACUGAACCUGUGCGUCGUGUGGCCAGCAUGACGGACGAUAGGGACAGAGGAAGCAGGGACCGAGGAAGUCGGGAUAGAGGAAGCAGAGACCGAGGAAGCAGGGACCGAGGAAGCCGAGACAGAGGAAGCCGGGACAGAGCCCCAAGCAAAGAUCUCCCAGUUAAGCGUGAGAGCGCCCCCACUCCUCCUCCUUCUCUUUCAAAACCUGCCUUGAGUGAAGAGGAGCUGGAGAAGAAGUCGAGCGCCAUCAUCGAAGAAUACCUCCACAUUAAUGACUUGAAGGAGGCAUUGCAGUGUGUGACAGAACUCAACAGUGCCUCACUGCUCUAUGUGUUUGUGCGGAACGGCGUGGAGUCGACGCUUGAGCGCAGCACCAUCGCUAGAGAGCACAUGGGCCUGUUGCUGCACCAACUUAUAAAGGCAGGGAUAUUGCCCCCACAGCAGUACUACAAAGGGCUAGAAGAGACCCUGGAGGCUGCGGAUGACACGGCCAUAGAUAUACCUCACAUCUGGCUCUACCUGGCUGAACUCAUUACCCCCGUGCUCCAUGAGGGAGGCAUCCCUAUGGGACAGCUCUUCAGGGAGAUCUCUAAGCCUCUCGUGCCUCUUGGGCAGGCUGGUGUGCUGCUCGUACAAAUCCUCAAGUUGCUCUGCAAAGAAAUGACCACUAAGAAGGUCGGGGCUAUGUGGACAGAGGGCGGGCUGAACUGGUCUGAUUUCUUGCCCGAGGAUGAAGACGUCAACAAGUUUGUCACUGAUAAGAAAGUGGAGUUCACCUUAGGGGAGGAGAUGGAGUCAAAGGAGGUCAGCAAGAAAAAGGUCCUCACUGGAGAGGAGCUCAGCAAACAGCUGGACAGACUCCUCCAGGACAAGGCCAACAACCAGCGCAUCAUCGACUGGGUUGAAGCUAACUUGGACGAGCAGCAAGCUGCUUCCAACCAGUUUGUACGAGCAUUGAUGACAUCAGUGUGUCAGUCUGCCAUCAUAUGUGACAACCCGUACAGGGUGGAUGCACGGCAGAUCAGUCAGAGGGCCAGUUUGCUGCAGAAAUACCUGUCUGAUGAGCAGAAAGAGCUGCAGGCCCUCUACGCCCUCCAGGCUCUGAUGGUGCACAUGGAGCAGCCAGCAAAUCUGCUGCGCAUGUUCUUCGACGCCUUGUACGACGAGGACGUUAUUAAAGAGGAGGCCUUCUACAAAUGGGAAUCCAGCAAAGACCCUGCGGAGCAAACAGGCAAAGGGGUGGCCUUAAAAUCAGUCACCGCCUUCUUCACCUGGCUCCGCGAGGCCGAGGAGGAGUCUGACAAGGAAUAAAAGACUGGACUGAAAGCUGCCGCCCCCCUUUGGCAAGACGGGGGCUCUGCAGGCGGCUGCAGAGAGUCAUGGACAAUAUUGCCAGAGAGGCAGACUCGAAUCAAUCCUCAAUGAGGAUAAAUCUUUAUUAUUUUCUUCUUUUCUUUGAGGGAUGGACUCAGAAAACAAUCAUUUCUCUCUCCCCUCCCUCUCUCGCUUCCUCAUUAUUUCCCCACCUGCUUGUCACAGCAAGUGUCCUCAUCAAAUAAACUUGAAAACUGAUUCAGCAGGAUUGCUUGUUGACGAGGUGUGAAGUAUCCCACAUCACUACGAAACUCUUUUUCUCACAAUACAAACCAACAGGCUGCUUUUUUACUGUUCUAGAUUAUUAUGAUGCCUAACAUCCCAUCAGAUCUGCAAGAACGAACAGCAGGGCGUGUGGUGAAGUGGGUUCCCUGAUUCGUGGGUGUCGUCAUGCCAUAAUGUGUGUUCAACCCAAACUCAGCUCUUAUGUCUUUGUCCCUUACUGGAGUGUGCAGCAUGACUGAAGUGUGUUUCUAUUAAUGAUACAGUGGACGUCAAUAGACAGAUGUACAUGGACUAAUCUUAAUUUGAUGGAUGGAGUUUUUAAAACAAAGGUUGUCUAUUUUCUCUUCCUGUUUCCCAUCAUGAACUUAUAGAGGGCCGAAACAAGGAGGACUAGUGUUGACCUUUGACCUUGACUACUAGGGGAUGGUCUUAAUGCUUCCUCUAAGCCAUCCUCUCCCAUCCCCAGUAGUGAACCACACUGACUGACUCUGCAUCCUUACCUCUUCUAUACUUAAACCUGAGCUGUCGUAGAGGACACUUAAUGACCCAAUCACCGUUAAAACUUGAAAUCUACAGAAAAUUGACUUGAUGGAAAAUAUAUAAAGUUUAAAAAAAAAAAAACACACACACACACACAGAAAUGAUCCGAAAGCCUUUUCUACUUUAAGUGGAAACUUAUUUCAGGAGCGUUCUGUAAAUAUAUAAUAACGAUAAUUAAAAAAAAACUUCUUUUUUUCAGUUUUAUUUUUCAGAAAUGAUAAAUUGCUGAUGUUAAUUGCAGUGUAUCCUUUUCCAACAGAAAAAGCAGUUGUCCAGAUGCAGAGAGGUGCUUUAGAUAAUCCAUUGAUUAUUAGUUGUAUUGGAAUUUUGUAAAUAUUUUUUUUUUGCUUUCUUUAUUUAAGAAAUUAUUGCUUCUUUUGCAUCGGAAACUGGAAAGAUGAGGUAACGGAACAUUGCAAAUAAAGGACUUAUUAAGUUGC